AUGGUCAACGUCAUCGGCAUCCUCGGAGCCGUCGUAAGCGUCUUCACCAUCCUCGACACCGCCUUCAACUAUGUGCCCAAAGGCCGCAACUCGGUGGUUUCCGUCCGCGCAGCCCUCGACAAGAAAGGAGGAAGCGGUACGAUGGGAGGCAAGAUCGGUUUGAUCCGGACCUGGAACAACAACCAAGAAAAACUGGGGGAGGAGUCUAAUCGGAAGAUUGGAACUGGGAGCCUCAUAGAGGUGGAGGUCUCUCAGAAGACCAGCCAACAAGCAACGUACGUCUCGCUUCAUGCCAGCAACGAUGCCGUUUGUAUUGCGUAUGUUGCUGUUGCCUGGGUUGGAGGUGAGAGAUACGCCUGGCUGGGUGAUUUUGGCAAGGUCAACAACGGGAAGCACCAACCUACCUGCACAUGGAUCGACGGCGACGGUACCAACGGACUCUUUGCAAAGUCUUUCAGCAUCCACUUCCCUACUUUUGCCCACGAUCCCAAGAAACCAUACUCGAAAACCCCCAAGAGCUACUGUGGAAUCCAUGGCUUCUUGGGAUACCGAGACCUUCAAAUGCGACAACCUGUGCCUGUGCCGAACAACAGCAAGAAACCCGUCGGCCCUCAACGUCGAUCCAUAUCUGGCACGCGAGUCAUCUUAACUAAGGAGGCUGGCUAUAAUACCACCGAGUUAUGCACGUCUGAAACUUCCUGGGGUCCUGACUUUGUCUCCCUUGAUGAAGGCCUCUACUGUGACAUGGACAGUCGCGAGCUGUUGCCGGUUUGUCACCAGGACAAGGACAUUGUUCCAUGCUUUGACGCCAAGGCUAUGAAGGUUGAGUACGGGGACAAGGUUGAAAGGGAUGCAAUUCCUCAACAGAAGGAGUUUACUGAGGUUAUCCAGUGGUAG